UUUUAUGAAGUCAUUGUGUAUUGCUGUUUCCAGGGAAGGGAGUCAAUGAUUUAAGAAAUGCGUGCAUUGAGAGAAGUAUUACAUGAAGCGAAUUCUUAUAAGAAGUUCCAGGAACUUCGCCUCUGCGACGGCAGAGAUAUUGGUGUUUCUUAGAUCACAGCUUCAAACUAAGAUAUAUACUGACGGGUAUAUAUUAGGGCUGCACGAUUAUGGCCAAAAUACCGCUGCUUUCACCUCCAUGUUUUGCUACAUUCCUGCUAAUGUACAGCAAGAUAUGUACAGCAGUGAGAGUGAGAGUGAGAGACAGAGUAUCUGCAAUCUAGAAGAUUCCAAAGCCUCUGACGAAGAAACAGGUUCUAUCUUUCCCAGGUUGGACAGCUCAUUCUCAGGUAAGUUGGAUCCAGUCGCUGCAGAGUUUCCCCCGUGUGUACGUGCAGUAGCAGCAGCUGAGAAAGCUGUGUUGGCAUCCAGAGACCUGAGUCGACCUGAAGGAUGUUCCAUUGGAAAACCCAGAUCUGAUCCUUUUGUGGACGGGUCUGCAUCACGUGACCCAGAGACAGCUUUCAGACCUCCAAGCACGGGCUACGCGGACGAGGAAAAGGCCGUGUUGUGUGUGUUUGGCGGUGCCCCCAGGGCUGUCCUUGUCUACAAAAUCGACGCAUGGCAGGGACCAUGCGUCAAAAGGUCUCUCACGCUCGUUGAAAUCACUAAUGACCAAACGCUGAUGUUGACAAAGACUGAGUACGAUCCCUCUGAUGACCAACCUGACUUGUUUCCUAAAACUGACUGGGUAUCAGAUCCUCCCAGCGACACUGACGAUGAUGACCCAUUGACAUCCAUUUCACGUCUAUUAAGGCCAUGUCAUGUCGCUGAGAUCAGUACAGAAUGUUUACCUGCUUACAGAGACACAAACAUGUUCUUCUGUUCAAGGUUCAUCUGCACAUCUUCUAAGAUCCUGAAACAAAGCCUGUUUGAACCGCCUCAAACCGCUUCUUAUCGCGCACGAGUCUGCGAGUGUUGCCUAAUUUCCACGACAGUGUCUUGGCAGCCUCCAUGCCUUCACGGUGUUCCACGGUACCUCUCUCCUGAUCGAUUACUUUCGACAGUGGAAUCUGUGUGUACAGGCUUUGUCAGCUCUUUGGCUUCACAGUCAGAUAAAACCAAGAAGAUGUGAAGAAAAUCCCACAAAAACAGCUGGUCUUUAUUUGGGGUUAAUCUGAAUAAUUUCAUUGAUGACAGCUGUACGAUCAUUACUUUUGAACGUCAGAUUGAAUGCUAUUGGUUCAUUCUGAACACAGCCUCAUCCCCAAUUAUAAAAAGGUUCGCACACUUAUGCAACAAGGUUAGUGUUAGUGUAACUUUUGUAUUUUCUGCUAAAAUGUUUCUGUUUAAAAUUUUUCACUUCAUUUUAUACGUUCUGACAUGAUUUACCUUCGUUUAAUUUUUUUCAUCACAAAAACUUGCCAUUUUUACAGGGGUGUGUAGACUUCUUAUAUCCACUGUAUUUUGCCCAACGCCACACACUUUCUGAUACCAGUCUUCCACACAAUCCGUCAAGAUUGCGCUUCUACACAAGAUAUUCGGGAUAAUCCAGGAAAAUAACUGUUUAACAACCUAGAAACAGGACCCUUUUUGUGUUCAGGCCUCAAAACUGGCCUGAUCUAUCCAUUAGUGUUACCAAGACGUAAGACGACACAAAACAAGCAACAAGUUGUUUUUUUCCCCCCCAAUAGUAUACCACAGAAAAUAUAUAGUACCCGGGCCUUUUUAAAAAGAAAAUACUGCAAAUUUCCAAUAAAUUACCAUACAAGAAAACGC